AUGACUAGCACUACAAAGCUGAGUAAUCCAUUAUAUGUUGCUUCAUCUUGUGGUGAUAUUCAUAAUAUAAGCAAUCCAUUCCGACUGAAGAGUGAUCCGGAAGGAUGUGAUUUAUCAAAAUACGAGUUGGCUUGUGAAGAUAAUCGCAUUGUUCUAUACUCGAAUGGUGGUAGAUACUAUGUGUUGUCUAUCAAUUAUUACAGUAGUGAAAUCAGAUUGGUAGACGAUGGGAUUCAAAAGGGCAAUUGCUCGUCUCUCCCCCAUCUUCAUAUAUCACGUGACAAUCGGAUCUCCGGCCCAGAGUUGUACAUCGCAUCCAAUAGGGUGAUGGUCAUUAUGAACUGCUCAAAGCCGGUUAGUUCUUCAUUCUACAUUGCUAUUAAUCCAUCAUGCAUUGUGGGGUCGUAUUCUUCCAACACAUCAUCAAGUUGGAAGUUGUAUGCUUUGGCCAAUCCAAAAGCAUCAGAUGUUAGGGACUUUUGCACCAUUCGCAGCUGGACCCGGGUCAGGUAUUCUUACUCGAAUAUUAAGAAGAUCACUGCAAAUUUUAAGCACAAACUGGGAGAAGGGGGAUAUGGUUCCGUGUACAAAGGAACACUCCGAAGUGGCAAUGAUGUGGCCAUCAAGAUUUUGAAGCAAUCCAAGGCCCAUGGUCAAGAUUUUAUCAAUGAGGUGGCUACUAUUGGAAGAAUUUACCAUGUUAAUGUAGUUCAACUCAUUGGUUUUUGCUUUGAAGGCUCGAAACAAGCUCUCGUGUAUGAUCUCAUGUCAAAUGGAUCUUUGGAUAAGCAAAUUUUCAACGAGGAAGGUGAUAAAUUUCUUGAUUACAAGAAAAUUUAUGAGAUUGCCCUUGGGGUGGCGGGAGGGAUUGAAUACUUACAUCGGGGGUGUGACAUGCAAAUACUACACUUUGAUAUCAAGCCUCACAAUAUUCUUUUAGACAAGAAUUUUAUUCCGAAAGUUUCUAACUUUGGACUUGCAAAACUUAAUCCUGCUAAUCAUAGCAUGGUCUCAUUGACAAAUGCAAGAGGAACCUUAGGAUAUAUGGCACCUGAGUUGUUCUAUAGAAACAUUGGUGGUGUAUCUUAUAAAGCAGACGUCUAUAGCUUCGGGAUGUUGCUCAUGGAAGUGGCAGGAGAUAUUGAUGAACUCCAAAUGCCUCCAAAACCACUUAUUUAUCCACCUGAUGUGCCAAUUAACAAUGAUGAAGCUGAGAUGGAGCUGGAAACAUUCUCAACUUCAUCAAGUACUCCAAUAAUUUAUACUAGUUUUCCUUUGGGAUAUACCAAUGAUGUUUAG